AUGGCCAUCACCUUGCGAUUCCGUGGUCCCUCAGGAACUGUACGUUUGCAGGUAGAGGCAACAGACACUUUUGCGAAACUCGGUGAGAAACUACAACAAGUUUUACCAGAGAACGUCGAUUACAACACUCUGACGCUCUCGAAUGCACCGGCUGGAGGAGAUAGUAAGCGUUUGGUCGACAUCCUCCCGCACAAGGUCUCUAAGAUAGGCGUAAGUCAUGGCGACCUCAUAUUCAUAAACUACAAGGAAGUAGAUCCAUUAUCGAAUGGCCACUCGAACGGCGCCGCGUCCGCAUCUGCCUCCACCUCGACAAAUCCCUUAUUAUCCUCCACCAACCGCCUAAAUGGCCAGGCCAUACUUCCAACUGAAGAUAUACCCAUCGAACCACUCCCGGUCACAUCCCCAUCUGAAAAGAUCAAGAACCCCUGGGAAGUUGUCAAGCAAUCUGCUUUAGACGACCGGUUAGACAAGCAAAGUGGCAGGAUACCUCGAAAGCGGGACCCUAGGAUGUGCCAACAUGGAGACAGGGGAAAGUGUGAUUACUGCACCGAUUUAGACCCUUUCAACGCCGAUUACCUGGCCGAGCGAAAGAUCAAGAACCUCUCCUUCCAUUCGUAUCUCCGCAAGAUAAAUUCCGCGACAAACAAGCCAGAGCAGGGCAGUUCAUUCAUGCCACCUCUUUCGGAGCCAUAUUACCGAGUCAAGAGAGAUUGCCCGUCAGGUCAUCCCCAGUGGCCGGAAGGAAUCUGCACAAAAUGCCAACCCAGUGCUAUCACCCUACAACCGCAAGCUUUUCGAAUGGUUGACCACGUGGAAUUUGCCACACCCAGCAUAAUCGAGAAUUUACUUAAUUUUUGGAGAUCAUCAGGGGCACAACGUAUGGGAUAUCUGUAUGGAAGAUAUACCGAAUACACCGAGGUUCCUUUGGGAGUUAAGGCUGUAGUAGAAGCUAUCUACGAACCUCCUCAGGUUGACGAAUUGGAUGGUGUAACACUGAACGUUUGGGAGAACGAGAAAGAAGUCGACGAAGUCGCCAGGCUAUGUGGCCUACAAAAGGUCGGUGUCAUUUGGACUGACUUAUUAGACUCCGGUGCUGGUGAUGGAAGUGUUGUCUGCAAACGCCAUAUUGACAGUUACUACCUAUCUUCACUCGAAAUCGCCUUUGCCGCCCGUCUUCAAGCCCAACAUCCAAAGCCUACAAAGUGGAGCGACACUGGAAGAUUUGGUUCAAAUUUUGUCACCUGUGUUGUGACCGGAGAUGAAUCUGGUCAAAUUGCCAUUUCUGCCUAUCAAGUCUCAAAUACUGCAGUGGAGAUGGUCAGAGCGGAUAUUGUUGAGCCAUCAGCUGACCCAGCCGUUAUGAUUGUCCGUAAUGAAGAAGAGGACGACGGUUCUCAAAGCCGCACACGCUACAUCCCGGAGGUAUUCUACCGAAGCAUCAACGAAUACGGCGCAAGUGUUCAAACAAACGCAAAGCCCUCAUUCCCUGUUGAAUACCUCCUAGUUACAUUGACCCAUGGAUUCCCCAGCGACCCCAAACCGCUCUUUAUGGCGAAUCCCCCAGGUUUCCCACUUGAGAACCGCGCUGUCAUAGGAGUGGAUCCAGGUCUCAAAGAUGUCGGCCAGCGCCUAGGAGUCGACAAAAAUGGUGAGAUCAAGAAAUCAGGCGAAGGCAUUCUAGCAGUCUCUGAUUUUCACCUUCUCACUUUCCUCCAUGGCUGUGGCAUCCUCAGCAAGGAGGAGGAAGCACUUCUCUGCCGCGUGGCAACGCAGCAUGAUCUCGCCGACGGCUACCAACUGCUAUCUACGCCUGGUUGGGCAACAUUACUUGCAAUCAUACAAUCGACUGGUGAGAGACCCCCCAAACGGCCAUCACCUUCUGAAAAUGAUGGCACAGAGCGUCUUGCUAAGAGGGUUGGCGGGGUAAGGCUAGAAUAA